GUAGCUACGAUGCUACUCACUGUAGAUAUGAUGCUCCUUCCUACUCUCCUCGUGCUUACGCUCUUCUGCCUCGCCGUCUUCCGGCGAACUACCAGGCGUGCCCGUGCUCCGGCAGCCCUCCGGCAGCCAACCGUUGAGAUCCACGACGCCGCCGUCGCCCGCCGAGCACUCAUCGACUACGCCGACGCCUUCCUUGACCGCCCGGCAGUUCUGCCCUUCGACGACGCUGCUCUGGCUGGCCGCCGCCGGAGCGACAACCUCACCACCGUGCCCUACGGCCCGCACUGGCGCGUGCUCCGGCGCAACCUCACCGGCGGGAUCCUUCACCCGUCGCGCGUCGGCCUCCUCGCACCGCUGCAGCACAAGGCCGUCGAUGCGCUCGUCGCUGACAUCGCCUCCCGGCCCGCCGGCGAGGUGCUCGUCCGCGAGGUUGUCCACGACGCCGUGUUCCCGCUGGUCGCGCGGCUGUGCUUCGGCGAGGACAUCGGCGAGCGCCACGUGGGGGACUUGACGCGCGUGUUUGAGGACUUCGAGCUCGACGUCGCGGUCAAGGUGUUCGACGGCUCGACGCUGGCGAGGUUCGUGCGGUGGUGGCAGAUGCGCCGCUUCCUCGCUUCCCGGCGCCGGCAGGCCGAGGUGUUCCUCCCUCUCAUCGCCGCACGGCGGGCGAAGCAACGACGCGACGACGGCGCGUUACGUCGUCCAUACGUCGACUCGCUCCUCGACCUACGCAUCCCUAUCGGAGACGAUGACGCCGACGACGCCGCGAGCGGCGAGGGCAUAGAAGGGGCCCACUCCGGCCGCGCGCUCACCGACGACGAGAUGGUGGGCCUCGUGUCGGAGUUCCUCAGCGGCGGCACGGAGUCCGUCGUGGCAUGCAUCGAGUGGACCCUCGCGCACCUCGCCAUCCAGCCGGAGCUCCAGAACAAGCUGCGCCGCGAGGUACUCGACGGCGACCGCGGGAGCACGCCGCCGUACCUCCGUGCCGUCAUACUCGAGAGCCUCCGCAUGCACCCGCCGGUGCCGCUGACCAUGCGCGACGUCCGCUCGGCGCAGGCGCUCGACGACCUCUCCUUGCCAGGGGGCGGCGCGCGGGUGCACUUCAUUCUCGGUAGCAUCGGGCGGGACAGCAAUGCGUGGACGGAUCCCGACGAGUUCCGGCCGGACCGGUUCAUGGCCGGCGGCGAGGGGGAGGGCGUGGGCCCGCUGCCGGGGCCAAAGGAAGUAAAGAUGAUGCCGUUCGGCGCCGGGCGGAGGUUCUGCCCGGGCAUGGGGCUGGGGAUGGCGCACGCCGUCCUUUUCGUGGGCGAGCUCGUGCGCGAGUUCGAGUGGGCGCCGGCGGCGAGCGGCGGCGUCGACCUGACGGAGGUGGAUGGCUUCUUCAAGAUGAUGCGUGCGCCGCUCCGGGCGCGCGCCACGCCACGCCAUGACGAGCCUCCACGUAACACAUGAUACAUCCAAAUUAAGACUUCAAUAAUAAAAUUUGGAUAGAUUACAAAUUACUGCAAAAUUUGGAUAUGGACAACACAUACUUCCGGCUUUCAUGUUUGCGUACGUGGUGAUGAUUUAUACAUGACAGAUCUUUUGGCUUUUCCGUGAAAUAAGCGGACCAAUAUAUUUGUAAAUGAAAAAAUAAUUGGUGAAUA